AUGCAAUCUAAAAAUCUUCUAGCACCAAGUAGGCCCUUGUCCGAUGUAACUUCAAUUCUUACACCAACAAAUGAUGGACAAAUAUGUGCUGUACCUUAUAAAGUAGCAAAUUUUACCUGGGAUAUGUAUUUUUGUAACAGGGGCUAUUGUCCAACUGUAAUAAAUUCCAAUAGCACAUGUGCUAUAGGUAAAUUUGGUAGUUUACAGCUGACCGAUAAUACCAUAAAAUCUUUCCAGAUCAAAACUAAAUCAGGAGGUAUUAAUGGUGUUAAUGAACAAUGUCUUAUUUAUUAUUACUAUUUGUCAAAUGUGACUAACAAUACUAUUACUGUUAUAAAAGAAGAAACUAAUGGUAAAAAUGAAACAAUUGAUAGUGUAACUAGUACUGCAAUCAAUGGAUGGAUCAAACGUCAAGUACCAUUUUUUGCUUUGGAAUCAAAUUAUAAAAUAUUCUUUGAUAUACAAAGGAGAUCUGGUACAGUAAAUCCUUUCGCUGGAAUCGAUGAAUUAUCGAUUUAUCAAGGCAACUGCAGUGAAGAUACUCUAACAACUGAGUUAACAUCGAUGACAACUAUUAAAGAUACUACAUUUACGACUUCAAUGCACCUUGAAACAACAACAGCACAAUCCACUAGUAUAAUAAUAUUAACCAGCAGUGCACCUGCAAUGACUACAGAUAAUAUGUCAGAAACAAAAUCUUCUAUUGAAAGUACUAGCAAUACAUUACCAACAACGGUUAUAUCACCAUCAAUGACAACAGCAUCUCAUACUACCACCAAAACUCUACCGACAGUGGACAGUACUCAAGAAGAAAUUCAUUCUUCUACAACUAGUCAAACAACAUUAUCGACACGCUAUGAAAAUUCGACAAUAACGAUAAUAACAAUUGCAUCAUUACCACCAAUAGAAACUACAUCGAUUACAAUAACAAAUACAUUAACCAAUAAUGUGAAUCCUUCGAAAGAGACUUACAUAAUUGUUUUAUCAACAGUUAUUCCUACUGUUGUAAUUUUAUUAGCAAUUGGUAUAGUUUGGUGGAAAAAAUCAUCAUCAAAAAGCAUCUUCACACGUUCUUCACG